CCUUGCUCCCCCCACGUGUCCGCCCGAGUUUCUCCACCGGCAACAUGGCCGCUGCCUGAGAGAAGAACCGGGCCGCUGCCGCCUCUGCUGCCCGCGGGUACCUGGGCCGUUGCAGCCGCCCGCCUGCGGGCCCCGCGGAGAGAUCGAGUCCAGGGACUGCGCGGCUGGCUCCCCCCUAGUAUGGCCAAUGAAGAGGAUGACCCAGUCGUACAGGAGAUCGACGUGUACUUGGCCAAAAGUCUGGCAGAGAAGCUCUAUCUGUUUCAGUACCCUGUGCGUCCAGCCUCGAUGACCUACGAUGACAUUCCGCACCUCUCAGCCAAGAUCAAGCCCAAGCAGCAGAAGGUAGAGCUCGAGAUGGCCAUCGACACGCUGAAUCCCAACUACUGCCGCAGCAAAGGGGAGCAGAUCGCGCUGAACGUGGAUGGCGCCUGCGCUGACGAGACGAGCACCUACUCCUCGAAGCUGAUGGACAAGCAGACGUUCUGCUCUUCGCAGACCACCAGCAACACCUCCCGUUACGCUGCUGCGCUCUACAGGCAAGGUGAGCUCCACCUGACACCUUUACAUGGCAUCCUGCAGCUGCGGCCCAGCUUCUCCUACCUGGAUAAGGCCGACGCCAAGCACCGUGAGAGGGAGGCCGCUAAUGAGGCAGGAGACUCUUCACAGGAUGAGGCAGAAGAAGAUGUGAAGCAGAUCACGGUGCGAUUCUCCCGGCCGGAGUCGGAGCAGGCCCGCCAGCGGCGCGUGCAAUCCUAUGAGUUCCUGCAGAAGAAGCAUGCCGAGGAGCCCUGGGUGCACCUGCACUACUGCGGCCUGAGGGACAGCCGCUCUGAGCACGAGCGCCAGUACCUGCUGUGCCAGGGCUCCAGCGGCGUGGAGAACACCGAGCUCGUCAAGUCGCCCAGUGAGUACCUCAUGAUGCUGAUGCCUCCCAGCCAGGAGGAGGAGAAAGACAAACCUGUGGCCCCCAGCAACGUCCUGUCCAUGGCCCAGCUGCGCACCCUGCCCCUGGCCGAUCAGAUCAAGAUCCUGAUGAAGAACGUGAAGGUCAUGCCUUUUGCCAACUUGAUGAGCCUCCUGGGCCCUUCCGUGGACUCUGUGGCUGUUCUGCGUGGCAUCCAGAAGGUGGCGAUGUUAGUCCAAGGAAACUGGGUGGUGAAGAGUGACAUCCUGUACCCGAAAGACUCUUCCAGCCCGCACAGCGGCGUGCCUGCCGAGGUCCUCUGCAGGGGCCGAGACUUUGUUAUGUGGAAGUUCACGCAGAGCCGGUGGGUGGUAAGGAAAGAGGUGGCAGCGGUGACCAAACUCUGCGCGGAAGAUGUAAAGGACUUUCUGGAGCACAUGGCUGUGGUGAGGAUCAACAAAGGCUGGGAGUUCAUACUGCCCUAUGACGGCGAGUUCAUCAAGAAGCAUCCCGAUGUGGUCCAGCGGCAGCACAUGCUCUGGACAGGCAUCCAGGCCAAAUUAGAGAAAGUUUAUAAUCUUGUGAAGGAAGCCAUGCCAAAAAAGCCGGAUGCACAGUCAGGGCCUGCCGGGCUGGUCUCUGGGGACCAGCGGGUCCACGUCGCCAGGAGACAGGCCCAGCAGAACCACACGUCGUUGGAGCAGGAGCUACAGCGGAGGAAGGAGCAGCUGCAGGCGUCCAUGGUCCUGCCCAGCGUGCGGAUCAAGGAGGAGCCCAUGAGUGAGGAGGGGGAGGAGGAGGAGGAGGAGCGGGAGGCGGAGGAAGACGAGGAGCCCAUGGACACCUCGCCCGGCGGUGGUGGCGGCCUCCACAGCAGGCUGGCCAACGGGCUGCCUGCCGGUCGGGCAGCAGGCGGGGACAGCUUCAACGGGCAACCGCUCCCAGGCUCUGCCGGCUCCCCCGUGGCGCGGGAACUGAGGGCCUUCGUGCAGGCCACCUUUCAGAAACAGUUUGUGCUCACACUGAGCGAACUCAAGCGCCUCUUCAACCUGCACUUGGCCAGCCUGCCCCCUGGCCACACGCUGUUCAGCGGCAUCUCGGACCGCAUGCUGCAGGACACGGUGCUGGCCGCCGGCUGCAAGCAGAUACUGGUGCCUUUUCCCCCACAGACUGCUGCUUCCCCGGAUGAGCAGAAGGUGUUCGCCCUCUGGGAGUCUGGAGACAUGAGUGACCAGCAUCGACAGGUUUUGCUUGAAAUUUUUUCCAAAAAUUACCGCGUACGCCGGAAUAUGAUCCAGUCUCGGCUAACUCAAGAGUGUGGAGAAGAUCUGAGUAAACAGGAGGUGGAUAAAGUGCUCAAGGACUGCUGUGUAAGCUAUGGUGGCAUGUGGUACCUUAAAGGGACGGUACAGUCUUGACAAUGGUUGCAAACCACUACCCCAGUGAAUCCAAGCCCAGGAAGGACGGCAGAGCCGGCAGAGGUGGAAGUAGAGUCUCGAUUGCUUCAGAAGACACAGCGCAAGAGGGACUGAGCAUCUCGUGGCCUGUGGCGUUGCACUGUGGACAGAGGGGAUCGUGCUCAGCCAGUGGUAGGGUCAGCUUAAGUUAGAUCACUCCCAGAGGAGACCAGCCGGGACCUCCUUUGCAGUACAGUUUGAAAUUCCUGAUGUAUUUUGCUUAUUAUUUGGUUUCAUUCUCAUAAUAAAGAGAGUGUAUACUGAA